GCAAUUAGUUAGUCAACAGUACUGUUUCACUUUGGAAUCUUACUGUCAACAUGUUUAAAUUAUUUGUUGUUCUUAUUAGCGUUGCUUACGCCGCAGCUGGUGGACUCUACUCCAGCUAUGAUAGUUAUAACUAUGGCAAUAGUUAUGGCAACAAUUAUGGAUAUGGAUAUGGUCUUGGUGGUUAUGAUUUAAGGCAUAAUGGAGCUAUCGUCAACUAUGCGCCAUAUGCUAAUAGCUAUGCUAAUAUUUAUGAGACAAGUUAUCCAGUGAUCUAUCCAAAUUAUUAUUCAGCAGUAAAGAAAAUUCACUAUACCAAUCCAUUGUAUAAGCUUGGUCAUUACUUACCGACUUAUUUAGGCAGUUAUGCUGCUUCUUAUUCCCCUUAUAACAGUUAUAGUUACGGAAUUAACAACUAUAAUUAUGCUCUUAGUCAUGAUUACGGAGGCUAUGGUGGUUAUAGUGGCAUUUCCAGCGUCAGUACAUCUGGACAUAAUAUUUUCCAUCGCUAUUAGUGAACAAAUAUAUAAUUACAG